AUGGGGCAGGCUGUCUUGACCUCUUUAAAUCUGACUCUGAAAUACUGGACUGACAUGAAGGCCAGGGCUCAUAAUCUGUCUGUACAGGUUAAAAAGGAUAAGUGGGUAGCACUUUGUUCUUUGGAGUGGCUGACUUUCCAACUUGGGUGGCCCGCUGAAGGCUCCUUCUCUCCGCCACUGAUCACGGCAGUAAAGAGAAAAAUUUUUGAUUUCAAUUCUAGAAGUCACCCAGACCAGGUCCCUUAUAUCAUUGUCUGGGAAGAUGUGGUCACGGACCCUCCUCCGUGGGACUGUCCCUUUGUUCCUCUAACAGGUCCAUCGGCUGUGUUUGCUCUUCGAGAGAUGGAAAAGAAACCGGAGGUCCUACCUUCCACCAAAACGGACUUGCUUCUCCUAGACACCCCUCCUCUUUAUCCUCCUUCCCUCUGCCCUCAGGCAGCCCACCCAUCAGCUACACCGGAGGACCCACAAGGAGCAAGGGAGGGACAUACGCAGGGGAUGUGUAAGGGCAACCAGCCCUUACAAUACGGGCCUUUCUCCUCUUCUGAUCUUUACAACUGGAAAUCUCAGAAUCCCCCUUUCUCUGAAAACCCCCAGGGUCUCACUAACCUUGUAGAAUCCCUCCUCUUUACUCAUCUGCCCACCUGGGAUGACUGCCAGCAGCUCCUCCAGGUCCUGUUCACCACCGAGGAGAAACAAUGAAUCCUCCUGGAGGCUCAAAAGAACGUUCCAGGAGAUGAUGGGUGACCUACCCUCCUCCCUGAUGUUAUAGAUGCAGGAUUCCCAUUGACCAGACCAAACUGGGAUUUCAACUCAGCAGAAGGUAGGGAGCACCUGAAGGUCUAUCGUCAGACUCUAAUGGCAGGUCUCUGAGGGGCAGCAAAAUGCCCCACCAAUUUAACUAAGGUAAAAGAGGUAAUCCAGGGACCCAGUGAGUCUCCAUCAGCAUUUCUGGAGAGACUCACAGAGGCAUUCUGUCAGUUUACCCCAUAUGAUCCUAGUAGUAGGGAGCACAAGGCUACAGUGACAGUUGCUUUUAUUGACCAGUCUAGUAGAGACAUUAGGAAGAAACUGCAGAGGCUUGAAGGGUUACAAGAUAAGUCAUUGAGGGAAUUAGUGCAAGUGGCUGAAAAGGUUUAUCAUAAUAGAGAGUCAGAGGAAGAAAAAGAAGAGAGAAAGCAAAAGCAGGAGAAAGGACACUGGGCUCAAGAAUGCCCCAAGAAAAGGAAAAAGCCUCAGGCCCCCAAAGGUUUGGCCCUGCAGGAAGGCAGUGAUUAGAGGGGAUGGGGUUUGCACUCCCUCCACGAACCCAGGGUAACCCUUACAGUGGAGGGGAAGCCCACUCAGUUCUUGGUAGAUACUGGGGCUCAGCAUUCAGUAUUACUGCAAACAGAUGGACCGCUUUUAAAUAAAAAAUCGUGGGUGCAGGGGGCUACAGGGAACAGACAGUACCCAUGGACUACCCGAAGAAUGGUGGACCAAGGCAUGGGCCGGGUAUCCCACUCGUUCAUUGUCAUUCCUGAGUGCCCCUACCCACUACUGGGAAGAAACGUCCUCACCAAAAUGGGUGCUCAAAUCCAUUUUGACCCCGAGGGACCUUGGGUGUUAAAUCGACAAGGAAAGCCUCUCCAGGUACUAACUCUCAGGCUGGAAGAUGAAUACCAAUUGUUUAAAAAACAAGGGCGGGAGACCGGACAGAUGGACUGGUGGUUAGAAAACUAUCCCCAGUCAUGGGCAGAAACUUCAGGGAUAGGGAAGGCUAAAAACCGGCCCCCCGUCCACAUAGAGCUGAAGGCUCAGGCCAGUCCUAUAGCUGUCCGACAAUAUCCAAUGUCCCAAGAGGCACACGAAGGCAUCCGACCCCAAAUUGCCCAUUUGCUCCAGCUGGGGAUCCUACAGAAGUGCCAAUCAGCCUGGAACACGCCCUUGCUACUGGUCCGAAAACCUGGGACUAAUGAUUACCAACCAGUCCAGGACCUCCGAGAGGUAAACAAGCAGGUGACUGACCUCCACUCCACAGCUCCUAACCCCUAUAAUCUUUUAAGCUCUUUACCCCCAGACAGGACCUGGUACUCAGUACUGGAUCUCAAAGAUGCAUUCUUCUGCUUACUGCUGGCUGUAAAAAAUCCAGAGACUGGCCUAGCAGGGCAACUUACAUGGACCCGCCUGCCUCAAGGAUUCAAGAAUUUGCCCACCAUCUUUGACGAGGCCCUCCACCAAGACUUGGCUGCGUUCAGGGCCUCCAAACCCCAGGUAACUCUGUUGCAGUAUGUAGAUGAUCUCCUCCUGGCAGCGGCCGACGAGGAACUGUGUCUGGAAGGAACAAAGCAUCUCCUGACAGAGCUGGGAGAACUGGGCUAUCAAGCCUCCACCAAAAAGGCCCAGAUCUGCAAGCGACAGGUCAGUUACCUGGGGUACCUUCUUAAAAACAGGAAAAGAUGGUUAUCUGAGGCCAGAAAAGAGACAGUGUUCCACAUUCCACCACCCGCUAACCCAAGACAAGUCAGGGAAUUUUUAGGUACUGUCAGGUUCUGCCGCCUAUGGAUACCUGGUUUUGCUGAGAUGGCAGCCCCGUUAUAUCCCCUCACAAAGAACAGUCAGCCCUUCAAGUGGGGAAAGGAAGAAUAA